UGUUACUGGGCAAGAACAACAUGGCAGAGACAGCUCCAGCUCCAGCUCCGGCCGCCGCGCCGGCCAAAGCCGCCAAGAAGAAGGCGCCGAGACCGAAGAAGACCGGUCCCAGCGUCGGCGAGCUCAUCCUGAAAACUGUGGCCGCAUCCAAGGAGCGGAGCGGCGUGUCUGCGGCCGCCCUCAAAAAGGCUCUGGCUGCCGGAGGCUACGAUGUGGACAAGAACAAGUCCCGCGUCAAGACGGCCAUCAAGGCCCUGGUGGCUAAGGGCUCUCUGGUCCAGACCAAAGGGACCGGGGCCUCCGGCUCCUUCAAGAUGAGCAAGAAGGCUGCCGAACCCAAGAAGGUCAAGAAGCCGGCCAAGAAAGCCGCUCCUAAAGCCAAGAAGCCCGCAGCGGCCAAAAAGCCCAAGACAGCGGCAGCUAAGAAGCCAGCAGCCGCUAAGAAGUCUCCCAAGAAGGCCAAGAAACCCGCAGCGGCCAAGAAAGCAGCCAAGAGCCCCAAGAAGGCUGCAAAGAGCCCGAAAAAGACCACCAAGAGCCCCAAGAAGGUGGCCAAAAAGGCCCCUGCAGCCAAGAAAGCCCCCGCAAAGAAGGCAGCCAAGCCCAAAGUCAAGAAAGCAGCAGCCAAGAAGAAGUGAGCUGUCAUCAGUCUCAUCAACAAACUACUCACUAAAAGGCUCUUUUAAGAGCCACCCACACCAUUCUUAAAGAGCCUUUCCCCAUUUAUUAUUUCAAUACAAUAAAAGAAGAAGAAAAAAACUAGUGUUAGAUUAAAUAUUUAUUAUGUAUAGCUACUGAAUAUUA